UUGAAAUCAGACGUGAUAAACUGAAUGGUUUACUUAGUGGCAAUCAUGUUAUAUAGAACCAUCGGCGAAAAUCCAGCUCCAGUUUUUUAUCGACUUUCUGCCCAUUAAACUUGAAUCUUUAUCUGAUUGACAAAAUAUCAUAAAAAAGCUAAAGUUCAACGGGCUGCAGUGCCGAGUGAAUUCAAUAAAUUUGCAGUUGUUUCCACUGUUCGUGCUUAGUCGAUAAUCGAACGUUUGCAGUGGAACAAACAACUCAGAUCGGAAGCAUGGCAGAAAAUGUUGGAUACUAUUUCAAAGUGCCCAGUGUGAACAAAGCGCCAAAUACAUACGACGAUGACGUGAACGAACUUCAUCCUUUGUAUAAAACACUUGCGGUACAACUUGGUGAAAAUGAGAACAUUCGAAAACAAAGUGUGCAACAGCUACGUGAGUGGAUUUCCAAAACUGCUACCAUCAAGCGAUGUAGAACGGAUGCGCCAUUUCUGUUGAGGUUCCUUCGAACCAAUAAAUAUUCGUUUCUAAGGACUGUGAAGAUGCUGGACAAUUACUUGCAUGCUCUCGCAAUCCACAAAGACUGGUUUGGUCAGUUGAGUGCAGAUGAUCCGGAACUGAGUGUCCUCAUCGAUGGUGGAUAUUUGUUCCCGCUGCCGCAGCUGGAUGCGAAAGGUCGAAUAGUGUUCUUCAGUUUUUCGAGUGGAUUUGAUGCGAAAAAGUCGUCGAUAGCUAAUGCAAUUAAAAUGAACUUUAUGUUAGGGGAAGUACACUUCGACACGAACGAAGCCCAAUGUGCUGGAAUAGUGUGCAUCUACGAUAUGGAGAAGAUUGAUAUGUCCGUGUUGGGACAGAUAAGCAUCCAGGACAUUCGGAAGUUGGUCGAUCUGCUAGACCAUACGUCGGCGGGACGUUUCCAGGAAUUGCAUUUUGUGAACGCGCAAAAGGUGACGCGAACUUUUGCCAACAUGGUGCUACAGCUGAUGAGCGAGAAAAUCAGGAGCAGAGUGUUUGUAAGCUUUGUGCCUGUUGAGUAUUGUUUUCUCUAA